AUGGGCUCGACCCAAUCGCAUCCAGAACGAAAUCAACCUUCCUCUUCCUCUUCCUCUUCACCCACUUCCACUUCCACUUCACCACAUCAACAUCAACAACAAUCAACUCGAUCUCUACCUCGAUUCAACUCUUUGCGCAGAUUAUCAACUUUGGGUAUAUCUCGACGUGAUGGAAAUAUGGGUGAAUCUUUAUCAAACACAAACACAAAUACAAACACAAAUGCAAACUCUAGUUCUAGCUCAAAAAGACUUAGGCAGGGAAGUAGUUCGACAUCGGAUACACCCAUAAAUGGACGUGAUGAUCGUGAAGGGAAACAAAAGAAAAGGUUUAGAAGAUCAACUUCACUCUUCUCUACUUCCGCCCCUUCCUCUUCAACCAAUGGACCAAAUAUCAAUAAAGGUACUACCAGUCGGAGGGUAGGGCUAGAGGAAGAGACUUCACUCAUGCAAAUCUCAAGAGCUCCUUCUCCACCACCUAUUAUUGAGACACAGGAUGAAAGCAUGGAAAUCACCCCGUCUCCUCCUGCCGAAAAGAACGAUAUUCUCAAAUCCAAAACCACGUCGCCAAAUAUUCAACGACCAUCAACCCUCUCCCCUCCCUUGCCACCCGUGACAACAUCAUCCGAUUCUGGACAGGUACACAGCACUUCACCAUCGCCCGCUUCUAUACCAUUACCAAUCACACCUUUAUCAGAGACUUCCGAUCCGUUGUCAGAAGAACGACGCGAAUCAUUAUCGUUGGUCAGGGAAGCUUUAGGUCCAGAAUGGCCAAUAAACUUGCCUUCUUCUCAUCCUACAACUGAUAAUUUCUUUCAUCGAUUCAGACGAUCUAAUUCUUCUCCUGAUCUGGCAAAUCAAUCUACUUCCUUACCUGCGCCACCUCAAAGGACGAUGUCUGAUCGUUUAACAGCUUUACUUGGAUUCUCAACUCCAGGUGAAUCAUCUACGUCCACACCCACUGCUACAUCUACAUCACACCCCCUAGCUCUUCCACAAUCACGACCUACCGUAUCUGGAGAGCAUAUCAAUAACGAUUCUACGUCAGCCGAAAAUGAGAGUACAAUAGAAGAGCUUACACAAAGACUCGAACAAGCUCGUGAAGAUUUAGCUGAAAGUGAAAGACAAUUGAACGAAACUAGAGAAAACGGUAGGAGGAGACCCACAGGUGCUGUAUUAGUCAUUCAAGGUUUAGCUCAAACGCAUUCACAAUCACCCGAAGAUGAAGCCAAUGGUAAUACUUCCAAUUCAGCGAGAAGACCUGGACUGAGAAAUAGAAGAUCAUCUGAAGGCAGUAAUAAUAGAAGAAAUAGAAAUGAAGAAAGAGAUAACAGUAAUUCUAAUGUGGACACUCAGGCUAGGAUGAUCGGUGGUCUCUUAACAGUCGCUGCAGCCGCAACGGCUACUACCCUUCUGGCUCCCUCUCACCCUCCUCUCCCCUCUACUCUAACACGCUCACCAGCCGCGUCAGCUCUCGAAUCCAUCGUCAAUCGCCUUCGACCUUCUCGACCUAACAGAAGUCAGAGUGUCGAAGCUGCUUUAGGAAGCUAUCUCCGCACAGCUUUACGAAGCUCCAGAGAAGAUGGUCAACAGAGUACUUCAAGUACCACUAGUGAAGGCGGCUCAGAGGCAAGUGAUGAAGCCAUAUCGACAGACUUUCAGACUUUCUUGGAAGGCUUACAAGAUGAUUUGGUCGGAGCUGUAAGAGAAUUUACUGAACCAAUCCAGAGAGAUGGAGAAGAGCAAGGCGAAGCGGAAGAGGUUAGAGAAGAAGGAGAAGCAGAAAGUUUCGUCACAGCUCCUUCAAAUGUACCAACACCUUCUCCCUCAACCCCUACUCUCGAGCAACCCCAACAAGUCGAUCCACCAGAAGCUGGUCUACAUCCUGCUUCUAUCCCUGUCGAUUCUGCAAUCCCCACAUUUCAUCAGCAAUUGGGCCAAAAUCUACCCCCCACUUCUUCCCGCGUCGUCCCUCAAGUCACUGGUGGAAUAAAUGGUCAACCUCGCCGCUUGAAUUUCUUCAGAGCACAUGUAUUCCCUUCCUUCCCUUCGACCGCAGGAACUCUCAACGAGAGUGAAGGUACCGCAGGAGAAGAACCUCAAGCUAUGGUACCUUGCAUCUUCAUCGGGGUGAGAAGUAUUCGACAUGAUCCAAGCAUGACAACCGAAGAUUUAGUUCAACAUCCAAGUUUCCCAUUUGCCGAUGGACAAGUACCGGCUACCACUCCUGACACUGCUCGAUCCACUGCGGCAGGAAUUUCAGAUCCUGAAAUGACAUCUGCUUCUUCACCUCCAUCUUCACCUGGACUGUUUUCACCAUCAUCAAUUCCGACGGCGACGCCGAAUAUACCGACUGGAUCAGAACGUCGAUCAUUGAGAGAGCGAGUUAUGGAUAGACUGAAUCCAUCAAGAGUCAGAAGACCCCUAGGAGGACCUCUGAACACUUAUAUCGUCUAUGUGAUCGGAGGUAAUUAUCCACGAAAUCACCCGAUAUUAUCAAUACCCAGUUUGAUAACAGGUGGUCCGUUGACAGAUGAAGAAAUGUCAAUGAUAAGUGAGUUGAUGGGUCCUGCAAAACCUCCAACAGUUGAUCAAACCGAGAUCGAGAAAAGUGGAUUGAAGAUCGUCAAAGGUAUAGAUAUGGAAACUCUGAAAGAUAAAGGUGAAUUGUUGGACAUUUGCGGUGACAGAUGUCUGGUUUGUCUUGGAGAUUAUGAGCCGGAAGACGAAUGCCGUAUCUUAAAUUGUAGACAUGGUUAUCACAAGGAAUGUGUUGAUCAAUGGUUGAGUACAGGUAGAAAUAGUUGUCCCGCUUGUAGAUCCGAAGCUGUGGAUACAAGUAAGGUUACGCCCAACGAGACCUCAACUGCUGUUGUAGGCAAUCACCUAGACUCCAUAUUGACCGAACAACCUGGUCCCACCAUUCCGUAG